CGAUCGAAUAUAAAGAUCAGUCGACUCGCGACACAGCGACCAAACGGACGUAAAAUUAAAAUUCUAAGACCGCAACGAACAGCAACGUUUGACAAGCGCACGCGAUAUUGUUGAUCGGGCGGUGUGCCAUAGCUGCUGCUUCUUAUAAAUCUUGAUCUUUAUUUUUCCGAUAGUGCUGAUGAACAAUCGGUUAGAAUCGAAAAAAGAUUUUGUGAUUUGCGGUAAUUAAAUUUAUAUUACGAGUUAUAAAAAAUAAUCGCGAUUGUGAAGCCUAUGAACGUACGUACAUAUGAGAACCAAAACGAUUUUAACUUCGAUGUCUGGUUAAAGUACAUGCACUUACAAUUGUGUGCCCCUAGGCAAAAGCAACUACGGGUCCAGAACUUUCAUCGCUAUAUUAUUGAUAUUUCAUUGAAAUAUAAAUUAAAGCAACAUCAAAUAUUCAUCGAAGAGAGAAUUCAGACAAAAUGACUCAGAUUGUGAAUUGGGCAUCCAUAGCAGCAAUACUCAUCAUAUCCUACACUAUUCAAAUUCAUGCUAAAGUAAGCACAGAACAGGCACAUCUAUCGGCUAUGCAGAGACACCGAAAUCUCCACGCUCAUCAUCAUGAUCGUCACAAAUCUCAAUUUGCGGCUGAGCUGCAUCAUAAAUUGCAGCAAACGCCACAAUUACAACAUCGACAGCCUCGGCUUGGCACAUUUAACUCGUCUAGUACGGAUUCUGAAGUCCUAACAAUGCACAAUAGAACUCCACCGAGCUUAGCCAUGCAACCUAUGCAGCAGCGAUCUACGCGCCUACGUCGUUUAAGUGCUCGAGACUAUUACAAUAACAAUGUCAUGCAACGUCGCCUUCAUAACCAUCGCGGCAACUCUGAGUGGAACUAUCACACCUACAAUGUGCAUAGCAACACAUACGAGUCACCGACCGGUGCAUCUGGUCCAGGAGCUGUGAAAAUAGGAUCUAGCGGAAAAGGAGACGACAAUACUGACGAUGUGGAGUUCAUUAGUCAAACAGGAACAGGGGUAGUCAGCCCGGAUUGGAAAUAUAAUCGGCGUGAAAUAGGAUACAUGCCACCACAUACAACCGUCGCCCCACCGACACAUCCCCCUCCCCCAUUAGUGCCGGCCAGACGUGGCUAUGUUACAGCGGCGCCGCCCAGCUUGAACUCCGACCUACCAGGCACUACAGAUGAACCAAAAGCGACGAACAUCGAUGCAAAAGAAAUGGAAAAGCGACAUAUCUGCGUACAGCAACGCACCAUUACCAUGCCCGUGAAGACCACUGAAGUGUAUGCUAGGCCGAUUUGGAAACACGUAAAUACGCCAUGCAGCGCCGUCCAAGUGCAGACACAACAUCCAAACCAGAUGUGCACAAGAGUACAGCUGGUCCAUGAGCAGACUUUUCGCGAUGUCAUUCGUCACAAAGCCGCGCAACAGGUCACGUACGACUGCUGCAACGGUUGGGAGCGUGAAGGGCCACACUCAGACGCAUGCUUAAAACCGGUUUGCACUAAGCCUUGUCAAAAUAGUGGCACCUGCAGCGCACCUGAUGUUUGUAGUUGCCCUGUGGGGUUCACAGGACAGUUUUGCGAGCACGAUAUUAAUGAAUGCAAGGAAGAAAAACCCUGCGACCAGACCUGUAUCAACACAGUUGGCUCAUACUUUUGCAAAUGCCGCGAAGGUUUCAUUCUACAACCGGACCAACAAAGCUGCAAGAAAAAUGCCUUGCAAGAUGAUGAUGCCUUCGAAGCGCGUGAUUUGGAAAACGAAAUUGAAUCAAGUGAUAAUGAAGACAUAACUGCACGUCUUCAAAAAAUUGAGCGCUCACUAGCGAAUGAGCGGGUGCACACGAACGAAUUGCAAAAAUCUUUAACAGCGACUUACAACGUCGUGGAUACUCUGAAGAGUCGUUUAAAUACAAUUGAAAAGCAGCAGCAGGACUUAAACCGAUUACAGUCUAAUUUAUAUGCGACAGAGUCCCGCACUAACAAACUUGAAGGCAUGUUGAAUCUGUUAAUGAAGUGUCGAAAUGGACCGAACGCCUACUGUCCGUAAGAAAUACAUAGAUCCAUGUAUAAAUAUAUGUACAAUGAACUCAAGUGAAACAGAACUGUAUUUAUAAUUAAGCUAGCUGUAGCGUCUUUUAAGGCUACUCCCGUAUGAAAAUUAUCAAAUGGCUGUAGAUAAACGUAAAAAAGUCAUAUAAAGGUGCAAUUCGACCUUGUCUAUCGCCCAUUUUCAUCGAACUAGGACUUUAUUUAUCACAAUUUUCCCAUACUUUCUUGCCGAAGCUCUCAGUUGAGCAUAUACGAAUAAUGUCAUGCCAUUUUACAUACAUACAUAAGCAUAGUAUUUAGUUUGUAUAAACGCACAAUUCUCCAUAGGUUACAGUUUUUUUAGUUUCGUCGCCGAAAUAUAUGGGGAAAAGUAAAAAAACACCGUAGAAUAAAAAGUGGUAUUAACAUGCAGAAAUAUUUUAUUGCUGCUUAAUUUUUAACGCAUUUCAAAUAUUUACAUUAUAGACAUGUUUUAGAUGUAAUAUAAUAUAAUUGUAAAUAAAAAAAUUUAACUAUGUAUGACUUUAAUAAAUAAGCAAAAUUACUUCACAUA